GAGCCACCAUCACAUCAUGGAGCUGUCCACUGCUGCUGAUGCUGACAUUCCCGACCUUUACCCCGUCAUCCCGUACAAUGUCACCUUUCCGGACGAUGUGACAGCCUUCGUUCCGGAUGGACAAAACCAAACUGAACAAAACCCCACGAAAGGAACAGCGGGGAUGAUAAUAGCUGUGUCCAUUACUGCUCUCUACUCCAUCAUCUGCGUCGUGGGACUUCUCGGGAACAUCCUUGUGAUGUAUGGGGUGGUCAGAUACACCAAGAUGAAAACUGCCACAAAUAUCUACAUUUUUAAUCUGGCUUUAGCUGAUGCCUUGGCCACGAGCACACUUCCCUUCCAGAGUGCUAAAUACCUAAUGAACACCUGGCCUUUUGGCGAGCCCCUGUGCAAGCUCGUCAUAGCCAUCGAUUACUACAACAUGUUCACUAGCAUUUUUACGCUGACCAUGAUGAGCGUUGAUCGCUACAUUGCUGUGUGCCACCCAGUCAGGGCGCUCGAGUUCCGAACUCCCGUCAAGGCCAAGUUUAUCAACGUGUGUGUUUGGAUUCUCUCAUCUGCCAUUGGAGUGCCCAUAAUGAUUAUGGCAGUUACCAAGGUUACAGAUCAAGGAAAAACAGUCUGCACUCUGAAGUUUCCAGAUCCUGACUGGUACUGGGACACAGUGACAAAAAUCUGUGUUUUCAUCUUUGCCUUUGUGGUGCCAGUUCUCGUCAUCACAAUCUGCUAUGGGUUGAUGAUCCUUCGCCUUCGCAGUGUUCGGCUUCUCUCUGGUUCCAAGGAGAAGGACAGGAACAUGCGUCGCAUCACUCGCAUGGUGCUAGUGGUGGUGGCAGCUUUUAUCAUCUGCUGGACCCCCAUUCACAUCUUCAUUAUUGUCAAAACCCUGGUGGAGAUCGACCAGAGGAAUCCCUUUGUCAUUGCCAGCUGGCACCUGUGCAUCGCCCUUGGUUAUACCAACAGCAGUCUCAACCCCAUUCUUUAUGCCUUCCUAGAUGAGAAUUUCAAGCGGUGCUUCAGGGAGUUCUGCCUGCCAUUCCGUACCAGGAUGGAACAAAACAGCCUUUCCAGAACCAGGAAUGGCAACCGGGAACCAGCAUCAGUUUGUGCUCCAUCCCAGGCAGGAAGGACACCGGUAUGACUAGGCCUGGAACGGAUCCCAUCAGGAUCCCGCUCACGAGUCCAACAAGACCUGCAGUCAGAGGUCACUCAGAUUACCACCACUGAAUUUUAGAAAUGAAUUUAGUAUUGAAACGAGGAUGAAAUGAAUACACUUCAUAUACCAGAUAUAAAAGUUUCCAGAUAAUAAGAUUCGCAUACCAGAGUGAAUCCUAACUCUAACUAACUACUUAUUGCAUCAGGCAUGAAGUAAGAUACUCACUGUAUUCUCACAGUGUAUGUCAAAAGAGAUGAGCUCAAUGGAUUUGAUCAAUCAUAGACCAUCAGUGGAUUGGCUGUGCCAUAAAAUACAGAUCGAUUGAAUUUUUAUUUUGGAACAGACUUUAUCCUGAGGCCAACACACACAUCAUGCUCUAUCUUGCUGUAUGGAUUAUUUUGCACCGCCAACUAAAGACUGAAUAAAUCUGAAUGAGAUAAAGAAUUAUAUUUUCUGAAGAAACCCAAAACAUGAAGAAUGUGAAUAAGCUUGCAUCAUUAAGAAAACAUUUCAAAUACUUAAACAAAACACUUGAGAUGAAGAAACAAUGUCACUGUUUUCUUGGAGGCCAAAAAGGAAUAGUCUGUGAUAUGAACAGAGACAAUAUGUGCCAAUGCGACGUCAUCAUAUCUUUUUUUGUACUGACCCUAACACAUUCAUGCUCUGCAUUACCACUCAUUAAGACUGAAGACAACCUGAAGGUAUCACAACCUUAUAGUAACUAUUCAGUGUUUUUCAUCCUCAGAACCAUUACCUGGACUUUGUACAGCUCUACGGACUUGGUUACAACAUUCACUCUGACUGAAUCAGUAUAAUAUCAUGAACAAUUAUAUUUAGAAGGUAAAACAAUCCAGAAAUAAUGCAACAAAAUGGAAUAUGGUUGCAUUAGAUCAUUAGUGUUUUCCACUGAGGGCUGGUGUGGCUGUAGGUAUUGUUUUAUUUCAAGCAAGCAGGAGCCAAUCCUGAUUCUUCUUCUAGAAUUUGAGCUAUACAGUCAGUCCAAAGCACUAUGCCAAAGUAGUUGUAUGUCCAUAUUCUUACUAUUUAACAAAGAAUAGGUGAAAACUACAGAAUCUUCUACAGCCUCUGCAGUUUAAGAGAAAUGGAAAUUGCAUUAUAACCUAAGACAAUGGGACUGGUUCUGAAGAGAUAUAAGAGGUAUUAAACAUGGCUUCGUAACUUGUUGAAUGUUUAAGCUAGAUUAUGCCAUCAUAGAUCACAUGACAAUGCCGAUAUCGCAGAUGUAGGAUGUCUGGAUUGUGUUCAUACUACACAAAUAUACUGAUCAGUAUGUUUAAUGUUUCUAAGGCUGACCAGAAGGUAAUGAAUCAGAUGCAGUAUGUGCAUGUGUAUAUGUUAUAGUGUUAUAGUACAUGAUAUUGGACACAGGCUCCGUUUACAGAUCAAUUGAAGUCAGGCUCUGAAUAAGAAUUAGAAUAAAAGUGAAAUAAAAAUCUGCACUCACACCAGCCGAUUUUUGGAUUGUUUAUAGGAUCGGCCUUUCCUAAUCUAAAUCUAAAUCUAAUGGAAAAACAUUACAUAAAUUUGGUUAGAGGUUUGUAGCAAUUAUUUGAUAUUUAAAUAGGGCAGCGGCUCAUUAUGGCUCGAAUAAAUACCAUAAGCAAAACAAAACCUCUGUAGGAGUGUAGACAGUCACAUCCCAGUAGUGUAUUUAAGCAGUGCAGUAAGUAGUGCUUACAUCAGAAUAAAGGAACUUCCAUUGUAUAUAGUAUAGAGCAUAUUGUAUAUUACACUGUGAAUAUGUGCAAAUAGAUGCUUACAGAGUAACAAUCAUAGCGAGGUUGCUUUAGCGUUACACUCAGAGCAGUAGAUACCAAGCUCUCUGUGCUUCUACAGAAAUAUAUGUAAAGUGCCUAAAAAUCUGUAGUGAAAAUAUCUUUUUUUUUUGUUUCUUCUUUAUGAGCUGGAUGUUCUCAUUUGCUUGAAUGGAUGUUAAAUGCUUCUAGCACUGUUAUUUAUUUUUUAUUAUGUUUAUUUUUUCUGAAAUAACAUGUUUUGACAUCACAUGGUUGACACUGGUUGGAAUUUGCCCUAUCAGUUGUAAGAUAAAAUACAAACACUUCAAAAUAUUGUAUUUACUCCUUGACCCUAACGCUGAUCCAUGUCCGUAUACAUAGACACUUACAUUUAUGGCAUUUUGCAAACACUCUUAUCCAGAGCUCUCCAUGUUAGUUUACUUUCUAUGAGCUAACUUUCCAUGAUCUCGUCCUAGUUAUCAAAGAUAGCUACAAACAUGCAAAGGACAUAUUGAUUUGAUAUAACUGCCUACAAUUAUUAUAGUCUAUUCAUUGUCUGAGCACAUAACCUGUUGCUCAACAUAUUUUGAUCAGUAAGUGAUGCACUGCACAUCUCUGAAUUCUCAGGAUCUAUCCUAGCUUGAGUCUCAUGCUUUGUCAUGUAUAUAGUGUCUCGCAGCAUCAAAGUGACAAGACACUAUUUAUUUACAAUGAGAGCUGGAAACUUCCGGCGACAUAAAUGACAGCGAUCAUAGGCUACUUGAUGUGGUCAUGUCCAGUGACGCGACAAAGUUGAGGAAUCUUCAUGCAAAUUAUGAAGGGACUUGUCGAUGGAAGCCCAAGAGAGUGGAGCGCUAUGAUCUGUGACAGGGAGCAUGUUAUAUGAUGAAUUUUAUACACAAAAGCCAAAUAUCAUAAUACCAGAUACUUCACCCACUGAUAACUACCAAAACAACUAUGAAGUACAGCGCAGUACAGCACUGCUUGACUGGUCCCACCAUCUCAGGGUCGGAGUUCGGUAUACAGCAAGACCCUUAUCUGUUCUGGCACCAAGGUGGUGGACUGAACGUCCCCUAGAUGUCUGAAGAGCUGAGUCACUGGUAAUCUUCAAACCACGGGUGAAGACCGACCUCUUCCUGAAACACUUAAACUAAGGUCAUCAUAUACAGUAUCAUAUACAGUACAGUAUAUAUAAACCCUGAACAUAGUUUUAGGUUGAUGGUAUCCUAAGUCUGUUACCUAGUGAAUCAGUGUUAAUGUAUUUUAUUGAUUAUUGAGACUUUUGCACGUUGCUCUGGAUAAGGAUGUCUGCCAAAUGCCAUUAAUGUAAAUGUAAACAUAGCCUGUGGCUCAAUCUUUAGUCAGUCGAGCAAUGAUUGAUUGUAUUUAGAACUGCAGGAGCAGGAAAUUAAUUAGCAUUCUGCCAUGCUGUGUUUCCAGUAGCACACACUCAUAUGAUCACAAGCUGGGGAUAAACACAGAACUGAGUUAAACCUUGUUAAAAAAAAAGGAAGAAGACGAAUUCUGACACUUUACACACUUACUUUUUUUUUAAAACUUGUAUAUAUACAGUACUUUCUUUAAAAUAGUAUGAAUACAGUGUUUAGCAAGAUGGUUACCAUCUAUUCUUUGUUCCUUACUUCUAUUCGCAUUUGAUUCUUUUUCACUGCUGCAAAAUUGUUUUAAUGCAAAAUUGUGGAACUUAUAAUUGUGCCGCCUGAACUAGACUUAUGGUUUCAAUAUUGUACCCAAUUUGCUCUUUUCCUUCUAAGGUAUAUAACAAGUUUCUGUGCAACAUCCUGAGGCUAUUUAUUUAUUUAUUUUAUUUUAUUUAUUCUGUUUUCACAUUCGGUUCACCGUCCUAAACAGUUUUUUUAUGGACCUCGAAUCAUAAACAGGUGGUCUGUAAUUACUUAGUUGUUUUGAAAAUCACAAACCAGCAUUAUUACGCAUUAUAUUUAUUCCCGAGGUCCAUAUUCUACUUUUAUUUCAAACCUUUAUCAUGGAGAUUUAGACAAGGUUUUUGUUUUGACAUUAUUAUUUCUGUUAUAUAAUUCUCAGUCACGACAGAAUAUGCUCAUCAGAAAACUGAGCUUUCAGAUUAAACCCAACCAACUUAUACGGCCCCACUGUUGCUAUAGCAACUAGCAACACAACAGAGCAAAAUACUCAGCAUUAGCUUAAGUGUUUUUAAUAAACUUUCAAUGCUCAUGAAUACUGAAACUGACUGAAACUGGGUAUCUUAGAGGACAUCUUGUACAGUCAUGUAUAAUUAAUAAUGAGUGCU